AUGGCCCAGCACCCUGGCGUGCCACUUGGAGCGGUGUGGAUGUCUGCGCGCACUGAGGCAUGGUCACAGAGCAGUGAAUUCUUCAGACGUCUCCAAGGAGUUUAUCCAGAAGAUGGUGAGUUGCACACGGGACUCUGUCCGGUUCCUCGUGGGCAGCACCCCGAAAGUCCACAGAGCUGCCGUCGCCUCUUUCCGUUCUGGGCGUGGCCAGAGGGCUGGAGAGAGGACGAAGGCCCGCCCUCCCCGCCCCUGAUCACCCCGCCCCCUGACCACCCCGCCCCGCCCCCGCGGUUUCCCCGGCAACGGCAGACGCGCUGCCGAAUGCCCGCAGCCCAGUGUGGACCACGGCUGCCCGCAGCUCGGUGUGGACCACGGCCUCCCGCGGCGGGGGCGAUGGACCCGGGCGCCCCCGAGCACCAGGACGACCUAGAGGACGGGGAGGAGUUCACGGCCGCCACACUGCGGGGCCGGCCCUGGCAGCUGCCCCUUUCGGCGCAGUCGGCCUUCAGCUACAUCCCGCCGCGGCGCCAGGACCCCAAGGAGCACAGCUACUUCCAGCGGCAGGCCCAGACGGGGAUUAUUUCCCUCUAUGACUGUGUGUUUAAGAGACGCCUGGAUUAUAAUCAGAAAUUGCACCGGGAUGACAGAGAACACGCAAAAGCCCUGGGACUUCAUGUUAACGAAGAGGAGCAGGAGAGGACUGUAGGGGUGCUGACAUCCUCGGUCUACGGGAAGCGCAUCCAGCAGCCCAUAGAGCCCCUGAACCGGGACUUUGGCCGAGUGAACCACGUGCAAGCCGACUUCUACAGGAAGAACGACAUCACCAGCAUCAAGGAGCCCAGCUUUGGGCACAUCACUCCGGCCUGACACCUUCCUGGCGGCCCGUGGGGUGUGUGGGGGGGUGCUCACUGGGCAAGGGAGGUCACCCAGGGUGUACAGCACCCUGCACGGAAUAGUGCAUAGCGACCUGUGACCAUGGGGGGAUGAGCAGCUUUCCUGCAGGUUGUCUUGGGUAGAAACCUGGCUAACACCUUCAGUACGCAGUAGGAACGUGCAGAGAGGAUUUUACUGCACUUAUUUCAGAUUAAAUGACACAGGAGAUGGACUGAUUGUGAGCACCUGAAUAAAAGGAAACCCUGGCCCCCUUCCAUGA